AUGGCGCAGGACGUUACCAGUUUAACAGGAGAGGACUACUUUGAGGGGAAAUCAGCCUGUUGUUCAGACUCAGAAGCUUUGAGUCAAGGAGACAAAGAAUAUGAUGGCAUCCUGGAGCUUAAUCAGUUUGAUGGACUGCCUUAUUCCUCCAGGUUUUACAAACUGCUGAAAGAAAGGAAAGAGCUGCCAGUGUGGAAAGCAAAGUGUGAAUUCAUGGACACUUUGGCCAAAGGACAGUUUGUCGUUGUCAGUGGCUCUGCCAAAACUGGAAGGAGCUCUCAAAUUCCUCAGUGGUGCGCCGAAUUCUGCCUGUCAGUCCAGUUCCGGCACGGUUUGGUGGUUUGCACCCAGAUUCACGCGCAGCAGGCGGUGGAUCUCGCCUUGAGGGUGGCCGACGAGAUGGAUGUCAACAUUGGUCAUGAAGUUGGCUACAGCAUCCCUUUGGAAACAUGCUGCGCUAAUGACACAGUUCUCAGGUACUGCACAGACGACAUGCUUCUGAGAGAGAUGAUGUCGGACCCUUUGCUCGAGCGCUACGCCGUGGUGGUGGUGGAUCAGGCCCACCAGAGGACCGUGGCCACCGACGUUCUCCAGGGCCUGCUGAAGGACGUGGCCCUCCAGAGGCCGGACCUCCGCGUGGUCCUCCUGGCGGCCGUGGAACCCGGACCCAAGCAGCUGGCCCAUUUCACCGGGUCGCCGCUGCCUGUGAUCCGCCUGGAGAGUCACGGCGCAGGGGAGGUGGCGCACAGCAGCACAGGGGACGGAUACUUCUGCUCGGCCCUCCGCCUCGUCCUGGAGAUCCACCGCUCUGAAGAGGAGGGCGAUGUGGUCGUGUUUCUGGUGACCACGCAGGAGAUAGAUCUGGCUCAUGACAUCCUGUGUCACGAAGGGCACGGUUUACCACCUGGUCUGGGGGAGCUACUGCCCGUUGCCGUGCACCCUGGGAGGCCUGGGACUCUCCCAGUACAAGGGGAGGAGGAGGAGGAGGAGAGAGGCCGGACCCGCAGAGUGUUCCUCACAUCCAGCCCCAACGAGGACUUCUUCUGGGCUGUCAGCUCCAUAAGCUUUGUUAUUGAUGCAGGGCUCGAGAAAAGAUAUGUCUACAACCCCAGGAUCAGAACCAACUCCGUCAUCACUCAGCCGAUCAGCUCAAGUCAAAGUGAGAGCCGCAGACAGCUGGCAGGUCCAACAGGCAAGUGUUUCUGUCUGUACCCAAAGGACAGACAGCUUCCUGCUCAGAUACGCCCUCAUAUUGUGGAGUCUGACAUCACUUCCACUGUGCUCUUCCUGAAGAGGAUGGAGAUCGCCGGACUGGGUCACUGUGACUUCAUCGACAGGCCAGAUCCUGGAGGCCUCAUGCAGGCUCUGGAGGAACUGGACUACCUGGCAGCCCUGGAUAAUGAUGGAAACCUGUCUGAAAUGGGCAUCAUCAUGUCUGAGUUCCCCCUGGAGCCCCAGAUGGCCAAGACUGUGCUCGCCUCCUGUGAGUUUGACUGUGUCAGCGAGGUGCUCAUCAUCGCUGCCAUGCUAACAGCACCAACUUGCUUCAUGGUUCCUUCUGCGGAGCUGAAGCCAGAAGCAACCCAGUGCCACAUGAAGUUCCAGCACCCAGAGGGAGACCACUUCACCCUCAUCAAUAUCUACAAGGCCUUUAAACAGUGCCAGCAGGAUCCAUACUGCACCGUGGACAAGUGGUGUCAGGACUUCUACCUGAACCACACGGCUCUGCUGAUGGCCGACGCUCUCCGUGCCGAGCUCACCGACACCCUGAAGAGGAUCGAGCUUCCCAUUUCAUUCCCCGCCUUCGGAUCCCGAAACAACACCAUCAACAUCAAGAGGGCCCUCCUGGCUGGUUUCUUCAUGCAGGUGGGGCGGGAUGUGGACGGAUCAGGGAACUACUUCAUUCUGACCCACAAGCAUGUAGCUCAGAUCCAUCCUCUGUCCGGCUACGGGGCCAAGAGCCCCAAACUGGGCCUGCCGGAGUGGGUGCUGUACCACCAGCACUCCUUCUCUGAAGACAACUGCCUCCGCACCGUAACCCGCAUAACACCCGAGGAGUUCGUCCAGAUGGCGCCGCAGUAUUUUUUCUACAAUUUACCAUCCAGCGAGAGCAAAAGCAUCCUCCAGAACAUUUUGAAUCACGGAGCUUCUCGGUACCAAGAGGAGAAACCAUCACAGGACCAACCCGAGGAGGACCAGACGUCUGACCGCUGUGUUGUACAAUGACUCUCAGUGGUGGAGUAAUCAGGAGGACUUAUUGCACUGAAUUUCAUUAGUUUUUUUUUUAAUGAGUUACUUCCUUUCUGUGCCCCAUCAUCCUUCGUUUUUAUCACAACCUCACGUUCUGUAUUUAUCUUUAUAAGUGCACUAAUAUAUGAAUUAAAAUGACUUCUAAAGCUGA